AUGCCUUUCACUCGCCCGAGCUCUAGCUCUCGCCGUUCUCGCGCAAGACCCAACGCCCAGCCACCCACCUUGCGCCGCGAAAACGCCGAGGUGGUUUACGAGGCAGUCGACAACGCCAAAUUGUCGGGUGGCGUUGAGCGAUUGCUUACCACAUUCAACCAAACACACACCGGCCAUCGCGUGUCUCGGGCCGCUCCUGCCGGGCAGAUCGUAAACGGCCGACGCAUCGAGCGCGAGCCACAACUUCCCUCUUACACCCAAAACCCCACAUCAGGCGAGACGACGAUGGAGAUAACCCCCUCCGAGGAGCUCCCUACUUAUGCCGAGGCAAGCAACGAGCAAGGAAAUAGCGAGGGCGAUAAGGAAGAAGGUACGGUAACCAACUAUUGCAACCAAGGAUUUCACUAA